AUAAUGUCUCGACUUGUCCCCAAGAUCUCUCCCCUCAUUCACAAGAACAGGAGGAGCGUUCGUUUGCUUUCAUCGUCCAAGACCGGCCCAUGUGUUUCGGUUUGCAACGUUGUGCAACCUUCGCCUGACGGUGGCAACAUCGGUAAAGUCCUGUUGUACGACGUCGCAAAAUUUGAGUUAGUUAGAACGGAGAAAACAUUUCCCGAUGAGCUUCACGAGGCGCAGUUGGUCGGAGCCUCCCGUGGCUGGAGUUUUUUCUUCAAUAGAGAAGAUCGCUCGGUGGUUAUCAGUGACUUCUUGAACCCAUAUGCUUCCAAGACAGAACCAAAGAUGUUUCCACUGCCUACGUUUACUACAAUGCCCACUUGCCAAAUCGAAGUCGUGUGCAACGUGGCCAUGUCCUCUUCUCCUGAGCCGUAUGAUAAAGACUGGGGCGUUGGCGUCAAGUUCUUGGGCAAUCAGCUGAGUUUCUGCAGGCCUCAUUGUGACCUGCGUUGGACUAAUAUCCGAACACCUUUUGAGUCAUGGGAUAGGUCAAAUCUCAUUUAUUCCAAGAAAGACGAGAGAUUCUACUUGCUUGCCCCCGGAGGCAAGUACCUGUGCUCAUGGGAUCUAAACUUCAAGAAAGAUAACAAGCCUAAGUUCCUUGAGUUGGUGUUGCACAACAUUCCCAAUCUGCCAAGUUCCCUGUGGAAGCGGUUGGAUUCCCUUUGCAGGGAGGACCACUGGGUGGAGUCACCUUCUGGCGAAUCUUUCCUUGUCAAAUGGUACUCCGAAUACACACCUCGGGUAAUGGUGUUUAGAGAGGAGGAUACAAUAUGUGGGAAGAGAAACAUGCGUUAUACAGAGGAUAUUGGAGAUCUCUGCAUUUUCAUUUCAAAAGGUGAGGACAUCUGCGUUGAGGCUAGAUCUAACAAGCUCAAACCUAACUCCAUCUUGUUAAAUGGUCGCUUGUUUGCUACGAUAAAUAACACCAACAAUACUUUCGGUUGCUAUGAAUAUCCCGAAGGUACACCAGACAAGAUUCCUUACUCCCCUUACUGGUUUCCUUCGUUUUCGAGCUAG